CCUGCUCUUCAUCAGUUCCCCAGGGACUCAGGGAGAGCUCACCUGUCGGCAGGUACAGGACGGAAACUUGUUUUCGGACCAAAGCAAAUAUGAAGCGAAAUCGGAUUUUCAUCAUCUUCCAGAUUCACUUAUACUUUGGGAUAUAAGAAGGAGGAAAGUAGCUUUGUGUUGAAACUCUUGAACUAAGAGAGAGAGAGAGAGAAAGAGAGAGAGAGAGAGGGAUGGCGGUCGGGGGGAGCGCGAGCUCCAUGAAGACGCAGCUCGUGAGCGCGAUUGAGCUGCAGGAGGUGGAGGAGGAGGAGGAGCGCGAGACUGCUGCUGCUGCUGCUAAACCUGCUGCUGAACCUGCUGCUGAACCUGUCCAGGAGGCCAAGGAACAGAAAUGUUACAGCGUGGAGGAAGCUGUGGAAACCAUCGGAUUCGGGCGCUUUCACAUACUGCUCUUUGUUAUUAUGGGCAGUGCCAAUAUUGUGGAGGCGAUGGAGAUCAUGUUGUUGGCUGUGGUGUCUCCGGAGAUCCGAUGUGAGUGGCGUCUGGAGGAUUGGCAGGUGGCCCUGGUCUCGAUGAUGGUGUUCCUGGGUUUCAUGGUUUGCGGAGUGCUGUGUGGAUAUGUGGCAGAUAGAUAUGGCCGCUGGAAGGUGGUGUUCGGGGGCUUCAUGUGGGCUGCAUACUUCUCUAUGCUCACGUCAUUUGCACCAACCUACGGCUGGUUUAUUUUCCUGCGCAGCAUGGUGGGCUGUGGAGUAGCAGCCACGUCUCAGGGGUUUGUUCUGAAGACGGAAUUCAUUCCUGCUAAAUACAGAGGCUUGCUGCUGCCCCUGGCCUCAAUAUUCUGGAUGGUGGGAUCGUUGCUCAUCAUCAUUCUGGGGAUGACUGUGGUGCCCACAAUGGGAUGGCGCUGGAUGAUUCGCUUUUCCGUCAUCCCCAGUGUUCUACUGAUCAUCCUCUUCCAGUUUAUUCCUGAGUCAGCGAGGUUCCAGGUCUCUGCAGGGAAUGUAGAAGGAGCUGUUGCUACUUUAAAAAAGAUCGCAAAGAUGAAUGGAGGCAGCCUGCCAGAGGGGGAACUACGGGAACCUGUAGUGACGGAGAGAGGAAAUGCUGCCACUCUGGUUAGUCGAGCUUUCAUGAGGACAUCCCUGCUGCUGUGGUAUUCAUGGUUUGUAGCGUCUUUCUCCUAUUAUGGCUCAGUGCUGAGCAGUUCUGAGCUCCUGGAGAAGAACCUGCUGUGUGUGAGCGACGCCGACGAGGAGCACAGCAUCAAACACAACCAGGACGAGGCGCUGUGUUUCUGCAUCCCGUUCAACAUGGCCGACUACCAGACCCUCCUCAUCAGCUGCCUGGGAGAGGUGGCACUGAUCCCUCUGAACAUCGGCUUGUUGCACGUCGUGGGCCGAAAGUGCAGCAUGGUCAUCCUGCAGGUCCUCUCAGCCGUCUUCUUCAUGCUGGUGAAUGUCUGCACCACCAUGUUUGGUUUCACAGCGUUGCUCUUCCUGCUGCGUUCACUGGUCUCAAUGAAUUUUAAUGUGGUUUAUAUUUAUACUGCAGAGGUUUACCCCACAGCCGUGCGCUCUAUAGGAAUGGGCUUCUGUACUUCAUUCAGCCGCAUCGGUGGCAUGAUUGCACCCUUUAUAGCACAGGUGCUGAUGUCUAAGUCUGUGCUGUUAGCGAUGUCUCCGUUUGCUGUGACAUGCUGUCUGUGCGCUGUCGGGACCAUCCUGUUACCCAUUGAGACCAGAGGACGAGCUUUACUGCAAAAUGAAUAAUGCACACCUGCUCAUGGAGACACGAUGAAUAUUUUAUACUAUGAAUAUUUUUGUUUGUUUGUUAGUUUUUUUCUAAAUUGAUUAAACUUGAAUCAGAAAAUCA